ACAAGCCUGUACAGAGGUCGCGGGAGCGCCCAGGGCAGAGCGGCCAAGCGCCUGGGAGAGCUGGACGGGCUUCACCAAGAAGGCGACACCUGCCCUGGGCCUUGUAGGAUGAGCACGAGUUCGGCAAGGGGGAGAACCUUCCAAACAGACACAAGAGCUCAAUCACAGCCGACACAUAAAAGCUCACGGUAUUAAAAUGCACCUCACGCGGCUCACCCCUAAGAGUCGCGAGCGCGAAACCUCGGCCUAACGAGUCCACCGCCAGGGGCUUCCCUUCCCGCCCCUCGGCCCGAGCCGGAAGAUACAGGAGCCUCCCGCCAUCUGCAUCCCGGCCGUCUGCGGCCUUUGCGAGAGAAAUGGAAUGUGGGGCGGGCCCCGAGGGGGCCUCAGGGACUCUCUCACCAUCUCGCCAGGUGUAGGCUCAUCCGCCGCUCCGCCACCGGAAUCACACGUCGGCAGCAGGAGCGGGCGCUCUGUCCGGCCGGAAGAGGAAGUGCACCCACGCGCGUGGCAUUGUGGGAUCUGUAGUCCUGUGCGUUCGGGUGUAGCAGGGGCUAGUGCCUGUGGGCGCCUGACGUAGAGCCGGGGCAAGCGAUGGAGAAGGCUGCCCCUCCUCUGUAUUGCUAUGGGAAUUCAAGGCCUGGCGAAACUGAUUGCUGAUGUGGCCCCCAGUGCCAUCCGGGAGAAUGACAUCAAGAGCUACUUUGGCCGCAAGGUGGCUAUUGAUGCCUCUAUGAGCAUUUAUCAGUUCCUGAUUGCUGUUCGCCAGGGUGGGGAUGUGCUGCAGAAUGAGGAGGGUGAGACUACCAGUCACCUGAUGGGCAUGUUCUACCGCACCAUCCGCAUGAUGGAGAAUGGCAUUAAGCCCGUGUAUGUCUUUGAUGGCAAGCCACCACAGCUCAAGUCAGGUGAGCUGGCCAAACGCAGUGAGCGGCGGGCUGAGGCAGAGAAGCAGCUGCAGCAGGCUCAGGCUGCUGGGGCCGAGGAGGAGGUGGAAAAGUUUACUAAGAGGCUGGUGAAAGUCACCAAGCAACACAACGAUGAGUGCAAGCACCUACUGAGCCUCAUGGGCAUCCCCUACCUUGAUGCGCCCAGUGAGGCUGAGGCUAGCUGUGCUGCCCUAGUGAAGGCUGGCAAAGUCUAUGCUGCGGCCACUGAGGACAUGGAUUGCCUGACCUUCGGCAGCCCUGUGCUGAUGCGGCACCUGACUGCCAGUGAGGCCAAGAAGCUGCCCAUCCAGGAAUUCCACCUGAACCGGAUUCUGCAGGAGCUGGGCCUGAACCAGGAGCAAUUUGUAGAUCUGUGCAUCCUGCUGGGCAGUGACUACUGUGAGAGCAUUCGGGGCAUUGGGCCCAAGCGGGCUGUGGACCUCAUCCAGAAGCACAAGAGCAUUGAGGAGAUUGUGCGUCGACUUGACCCCAACAAGUACCCUGUGCCAGAAAAUUGGCUCCACAAGGAGGCCCAGCAGCUCUUCCUGGAGCCCGAGGUGCUUGACCCAGAGUCUGUGGAGCUGAAGUGGAGUGAACCCAAUGAAGAGGAGCUUGUCAAGUUCAUGUGUGGGGAAAAGCAGUUCUCGGAGGAGCGAAUCCGCAGUGGGGUCAGGCGGCUGAGCAAGAGCCGCCAAGGCAGCACCCAGGGCCGCCUGGAUGAUUUCUUCAAGGUGACUGGCUCUCUCUCUUCAGCUAAGCGCAAGGAGCCAGAGCCCAAGGGAUCUGCUAAGAAGAAGGCAAAGACUGGGGUAGCAGGGAAGUUCAAAAGGGGAAAAUAAAGGAGUUUCCCCUCAUACUUCCUUGGCCCCAGAGUAUCUGCCUUAUGGUACCCUCAAGAGCUAGCACUAGAGAAACCUCUGGGGGCAAGGAGGGAUUGCAUUGCUUCUCUAACUCUGCCCUUUUCAGUAGUGCUGAAAAGUAGUGCUUUUCCCUUUUGUACUUGAUUUUACAACAGGAACGCUACAGAGCAACUUUGUUUUCUUCCUUUUUAGCUCAGGAAAGCAUGUCAGGCUCAAAACACCUCUCAGGCAAUUUAACGGACACUGAAUCUAUUGUUAAAUAAAAGUGAUAGCAACAAGUUUUGAAGAGGGAGUGGGAGAUAAAUGGUAGAGACCGCAGACUGGACAGAAAAUGAUUUCUUGGCUGGCCGACUGGCAGAUGGGAGGGGGUGUUGGAACCAGAAUGCACUUCUUUCUGGCUCAGCCUUGAUCCACCCCAUAGGACAGCCAUCAGAGACCCAGUCUUGACCAGAUGAGGAGAGCUGCUGAGAGCUAAGACAGGUAGAACGAGCUGACGUCCCUGGAGUUGGCAACAAGGGUCUAAUUACUGGCUGUGUGUCCUGUGGUGGGCAGAAACUUGAACCUGCUCUGUAACUUGAGUCUUCACAGUGGUUACUUAAACAUAAAAGACGGCGAAAUUUUAGUGUCCUCUCUGAGGCAGUCAGCUGAGUUGAGACUUUGAGAUUAAGAUGCUGUUUUCAUGUGCUGUUUUGUUUUAAAGGUAUGAGAAAAGAGUCAAUAAAACUGUAAAAGUAA